ACUCCAUGUAUUUGAUCAACAAGCAGCAACUGCCUUCCUGGCAAGACAAUUCAACUUGCUUGCACCAGGUGGUCUGUGUUUCGGCACAACGUGUGGUGCACAGAUAGCUAGAGCUUGGCCUGUACGAGGUCAUGAACGGUGGUUAUUCGAUAAAUCUGCAUUACGCGCCUUAUUAGAAUCGUGUGGGUUUGGUGAGGUCGUGGUGGAGGAGACGGUCUUGUCGGCGCGUAUGCGGGAGAUGAUGGAUGCGAAGCGGAGUCAAGUGGAUAAAGAUCCAAUGGAGAAGGAUAUGCUUGUUUUGAGCUUUAGUGGUGUCAAGAUCUUGCCAGAGUGGGCGAGCUGUUGAGUCUGGGGUGUAGUGUGUGGUAGGAUGAACCUCGACGACGCACCCACCCAGCGACCACUUUGACUAGAAUCGCUAUAGCUUACAAUUCUUUUGACGGCACCCAGUCAUGUCUGCUCCCGUAGAGGACGAAAGGCCCACAGACGAAGCUAUCCUGUCAUUCGCUCAACAAGUACAACAAGAAGCUAUAGAUCAACUCCCUCUCCUCUCACAAAACCAACCCAUCUCUGUCCUUGCAGCAGAGUACGCACACGGCAACCCUGCAUUCUUGCAAAAAAUCGCUGCAUUAGGACAACACGCUAGGUACUACAAGACGCGUGGUGAUGGGAAUUGUUUUUAUCGAGCAUGGCUCUUUAGUCUCUUCUCCCAAGUCCGCACAUCCGGAGACGAUGCAGUCGCACAACUAGACAAGAACCUGAAAGCAUGUGCACACUUGCUCGAUGCAGCAGGAUUCGUGAGUAUCGUGUAUGAAGAUUUUCUAGAAACAACCAUUGAAUUGCUGCAUGCAACGGACUUGCAUGCCUCCAUCAAUGAUCCCGAAAUUUCCAAUGCGGCAGUUGUCUAUAUACGCUUCGUCACUUCAGCGUACAUCAAGCAGCAUGCAGAGUCUUAUAUGCCCUAUUUGGAUGAAGGAGAAGUCUUGCCACGUUGGUGUGAGCGAUGGGUUGAAGCCAUGGAUGCAGAAGCAGAUCACCUGCAAAUCAACGGUCUUGUGAAUGCAUUACACGUUGGUGUGGAUAUCGUGUAUCUUGAUAGGUCUGCAGGGGAUGAAGCGACUGUCCAUCAAGUACGGCCUGAUGAGGGGGACGCAGUACAUGUUGUCAAGCUUCUAUAUCGACCAGGACACUACGAUGUUUUGACUCUGCCAUUGUGCUGCACCGUCAACAUGUAUCUCUCUCGCAAGAACCUAGACAAUCUCAAACUGUACAAGUACAGUGCGAUUGACAAUAGUCCAGUCUCCAAGUACAUUCUCAAGCCCUUCUGGAACAAAUUUCUACUGCUCUUCCCCAUGUGGCUUGCGCCAAACAUGAUUACUUUGCUUGGUCUCUUGUUUGUUGUUGCCAAUGUCUUACAGCUGCUGUACUAUGAUCCUGGCCUCGAGCAUGGCGUCCCACCCUGGGUGUCCCUCGGAUGGGCAGUCUCGCUCUUCUUGUACCAGGCAUUCGAUGCAGUCGAUGGCAUGCAGGCACGUCGAACAGGCCAAUCAUCUCCACUCGGCGAAAUGUUUGAUCAUGGUUGCGACGCACUCAACACAACCCUCGAAGUAUUGUUGACGGCAUCCACCAUCAACUUGCAUCAAUCCUGGUGGGCCAUUGCCUCGCAGUUUGCAACAACCUGCAAUUUUUACCUCACAACGUGGGAAGAGUACCACACUGGUACGCUCUAUCUCAGUGCCUUUUCAGGACCUGUCGAGGGCAUCUUGUUGGUUGUUGGCCUGCACACCAUCACUGCACUCUAUGGACCCACAUUUUGGGAUCAACGCGUCGUUGAUAAGCUUGGCGUUGCGAGCUUCUCGCUUGUCAAGCACUUGCCUAGCUUCCUUCGAGAUGCAGAACUCAAGCACGUCUUUCUCUACUUUGGCGGCAUCGCUCUCAUUGCCAACAUUUUCGGCUCCUCCGUCAAUGUCAUUGCUGCUCGACGAAAGAACAACCUGCCCCUCGCACCAGCCCUCUCCGGUCUCAUCCCAUUCUUCCUCAGCUCAGGCAUCACAAUGCUCUUUGCCUGGUUGAAUCCGACUGUCGUCACUGAGCAGUGUGUGCCAUUCCUGUUCUUCCUCGGUAUCCUCUUUGCCUACUCGGUAGGCCUCAUGAUCACGGCGCACAUUACGCAUGCACCGUUCCCGUACUUCACGCCUUACUUCCUCCUAUUCCCCAUGCUCGCAGGGAUCGCCUUCAACCACAAAAUUGGUGCCAUGGAAGCGAGAGAUAUCGUCUGGCUGAGUUUAGGCUUGUCUCUCGGCAUCCACGGCAGCUUUGUGGUCGAUGUCAUCAAGGAGAUUACGCAACAUCUAGACAUCUGGUGCUUGGCCAUCAAGCACCCUCAAGCUAAAAAGACCUCAUAG